UCACCCGACCAAGGCGAGCCCUUGACAGCAUCACCGACAUGCCCCGCAAGGCGGAACGCACUUAGCCGGUGUGGCUUGUCUGUUCAACUACAGUUUACAACCGUUUAUAAGAUAUUCGACGGACGCCUAUUUUUAGCCAUAAGGUUGCAAGGCUGGUGUGUGUCCGAACAUUAUCAGCCAUGGCAUCAGCAAAUGUUACCCUGGAAAAUCAGCUGCACAGUGCACAGAAAAACCUGCUGUUUCUCCAGCAGGACCAUGCCAACACGUUGAAGGGGCUACAUGCUGAGAUCCGCAGAUUACAACAGCAGUGCACAGACCUGACAUAUGAGCUCACUGUGAGAAGCUCUGAUCCCUCAGACAGCAGUGAGGUCCGUUGCAGGGAGCUGCAAAGGAGGUGUGAGGAGCUUGAGGCCCAGUUGAAGAAGAAGGAGGAGGAGAACACAGAGCUGCUCAGGGACCUGGAGCAGAAAAACGCCAUGAUAUCCGUCCUGGAAAACACCAUCAAGGAGAGGGAGAAGAAGUAUUUGGAGGAGCUUAAGAUGAAGAGCCAUAAACUGGCCGUUUUGUCUGGGGAGCUCGAGCAGAGAGCAAGCACCAUUGCUUACCUUACCUCACAACUUCACGCCACUAAGAAGAAGCUGUUGGCUGGCAGCUCCUCUGAGGCCAGCCCCAACGUCAGUCCAGUCACCUCCUACAAGCCCACGCCUCCUCCAGCCAAGGACAGACAGCCUGAAACGCCACGUCGUCGCAUGAAGAAGAGCCUCUCCCAGCCUCUUCACCCGGAGUUGACAGAGGUGUACCGGCUUGGCCCAGAUGGGAGGCGGGUGGUUUUGCGGGAGACGGUUGAUGCCAUGCCUGACCCCACACCCUUCCUGCAGGCUGGGAGAGAGUCUCCUGAGCCACAGGUAGUGCGUGAACGGCCCGCCGUCAUCCCUCCCAUUGCCUCUGAGCGCUCCCCCGUUCCUCCCCUGGGUGCUACGGCCAGCCCUCGUCACAGCCCCGCUCGAGACCGUCAGUACAGGGCUCAUGUGGGUGUGGCGCACCGCAUUCCACAUGGCACCCCUCCCCUGGCCCCGCCGCAAGCAGAGCUGGAGACACUGGCAGUGGACCAGGUCAAUGAGGAGAAGGUUGUGCGGAAACGCUCGGGAGCCGACAGGACAGUUUAAUACUGCAAUGCUAACAUGCACAUAAACACACACACAUAUCUACUGUAUACACACUACACUGCAGCAGCAGGAAGGAGCCUGACCCACUGUGUAACCUGCUUUUUACGCAACACUGCAAUAUAAAAAAUGAUAAAAUUAUCAUUUUGUUUAUGGUAUUCCAUAAAAACUUUUGUUUUUCUUAAUAUAUAGUAGAAAGGACUACUAUAAAGCAUGCCAAAUGUUUCUUAAUUACAACCCAUUGAGCUCUUGUAUUACACACAAUGAUUUUUUGCUUAGACUCUCUCACUUUAUUCUGUCUUAUGUGGUGCAUACAACAAACUCUCAGCCAAAUAUCUGCAUCAGUGCCUGCUCGACCGGUUAAACAAUACAAAAGCUGUGUAGUGUAGUCAUGGCUAAUAGUUAACUCUACAUAUCUCUGUCCGCUCCGUCUUUUCAGCAACAGUCUGGGCAUAACAACAACCUAUAUAACAAGAUGUCUGCCACUGCAUAGGAUAGAAAUGAAAUUAUUAAACUUCAUACUACCCAAAUGUCUUUCAUCUUCUUGUGAUAUCAGUAUAAUAACGUUACUGUAGGUGCGAUCCGCAUAAUGUGCAAUUGAAAUUUGCUGGUCGUCAAGGUGAGAGAGCUGUAAUUCCACCUUGCUUCUGUUGACUGGCGCAAACAGCAGCGGUGUACAUGUUUGGAUGCAGUAUGAAAUGAUGGUGAACAGUGCGUAUGUUUGUGUGUCUGUGUGUGAGCAUGUGUAAGAGAGAGAGCAUGUGUGUGUCAGAGAAAGAAGGCCAUUGAGAGAAUUAAGUUUUGGCUUAAACAAUAUCUACUGAUGUUAUUUGUGAUACAAGGGCAUUUUUGAAAAUACUGCUGUAAUAGGAUUUUGUGAUAUUAUUAACUGUACUUUAUAAAGGCUGUACAUUUGUAAUGAAUUCUUUUUUAAUUUAUUGUUUAUUAGAGAACACAAGAGCACCUCAUAUUUACAGUAGCUACUGCACCACCA